UCAACAUCGCCAUUCGCACCGGUUUUUUUAUACAUAUAUCACGCGUAUAGAUUUAAUAGCUAUUUAUAUAUCAAAGUGGAUUGAAACAUAGUGUUGUAAUAAAAAACAAUUUAAUAAAGAAUCAUUUUGACAAGAUGUCGGUGUCGGUAAAGAAGGUGACUGAGCCCGUGUUGAUCGGCGAAGGCCCUCACUGGGACGCGGAGGCGCAGGCGCUCUACUUCGUCAGCAUUGACGAAAUGACCAUACAUAAAUAUGUGCCCGAAACUGGACUUCAUACCAAAACUAAAUUAGACGGUCGUGUGAGUUUUAUAAUAUCAUUGGAAGGUACCACAGAUCAUUUCGUGGUUGGCUUGGAGCGUAAGCUUGUGAUAAUCAAAUGGGACGGCGGAGAAGGCAGUAAGGUGGAAAUUAUUAAGGAGUUGGCUGAAGUAGACAUAGAAUUACCUACAAAUAGACUUAAUGAUGGCAAAGUUGAUCCAAAAGGAAGAUUAUUUGCAGGUUCCUUGGGUCAAAUGACACCAUCGGGUGAAUUUGAAAAAGAGAAGGGCUCGUUAUAUCGCUUAGACGAAAGAGGAUGUGUCAAGUUAUUUGACAGGGUCAAUGUCUCUAACGGCCUGGCCUGGGACCUGAAGGAGAAAGCUUUCUACUAUAUAGACUCAAUGGAUUAUAAGAUUAGUCGAUAUGAUUACGACGUGGAAUCUGGAAAUAUUUCUAACAAAAGCUACAUAUUCGACUUCAAGAAGAACGAAGUCAACGGUGGUCCUGAUGGAAUGACCAUAGACACUGACGGAAAUCUAUGGAUUGCCAUAUUCUAUGAAUCGUGUGUUCUCAAAGUUGAUCCGAGAAGUGGCAACAUAUUAGAUAAAGUAGUUAUACCAGCUAAUCAGAUUACUUCUGUAACGUUUGGUGGACGAAACAUGGAUACACUGUUUGUAACAACAGCUAGUUUGAAUUUAGGUGAAGAACAGAAACCACCGUGUGGUGCCACUUUUAUGGUAACAGGAUUGGGUGUUAGAGGACAUCCUGAUGCUAAAUUUAAAUUGCCCGCAAAUUAUUAACAAAACUGUAAUAAAAAGUAGUUAAUUUUAUUAAUU